AUGCAGGCUGUCCCGUACGAACAGCUUGUUUCUCCUGGAGCGUCGCCUACCUACACCGACAGCCGCCUUCUCCAGGAGCCCUUCCCCACGACCCCAAAGAAUGUCGCCUUCGAGCUGUUGCUCGACGAGAACCCCAAAGUUCGAGCUCGCAUUCCCAUGCGGGUGCAAAUCUACCCUCACGACACUACCGAUUCUAUCGUAACUACAGUGAAGAACUUCUACGGGAUCUACGAUGGCGCCGCUAGUGGCGUCAGCUUCGAGGAUGAAAACGGUAUCACCCUCAUUGCGAGAUAUGAGAAUCUAAGAAACAAUAUGACGGUAUAUGUGCGGGUCAUUCCUGUGCCGGCAUACACCGAGGGAUAUGGAGAUCGUUAUUAUGGUGGCAACCCAGUUGACACUCGCAAGCGUCCUAGUCUAGGCGAGCCGUUCCAAAUGGCACAAGCAAUGCAGGCAAUGCAACAGUCAGAGCAUGGCCAGCCUCCAUCUCGACCGGCAUCUCGAGUCGCUCGCAAGCGCAGCGUCUCGCCGUCAGGGAGAAGCCGUCGUAGUGCCUCUCAGCACAAGCAGCCCUCUCGCCCAGCGAUCAAGAGUCGAGGCUCUAGCACACAUGGCAGCCUCCAUGACGAUGCUGGAUAUAGCGAUAGCGAUAAUGGCUAUGGCUCUGUUUCAGGCUCUAGAAAGCCUCGAAGUGAGCAGCAUUUUGCCAGCUCAGACAUUAGCAUGGAAAAUAUUCUCCAAGAUGGUCGUCGCAAGCGACCGAAAUUUGAGAGUUCCGAACUCCCAUUAUUUGUUCCUCCUCAGGUUCCUCUUACUACCUCAACUUCCUCCAUCUCUCCACAGCGUCGCUCCGUUGGCCAAGAAGGCGUUGGCUCCCCAUUCGCACGGCCGAUGCACCGCCCAUACAACCAUUAUCAACAACCUCUACCAUCGCCCCAGAGCUAUGGUCACAGCGAACACAUUUAUGGGCCGAAUCCUUCUCGGAACGGCAUCUAUGCCACCCCAAUGGUUCCUGAGCAUGGUCAUCGUCUUCGUGAUCGGACAAAUCUACAAUCGUCAGGGCAAUUCACAAACCCUGCUGGCCGGAAUGGUGCUCCGGGGAUCCUUCCCACACCAGACCCUACUAUUGCCAGCUGCAUCUCUGAUGAAGAUGUUGCGAUGCAAUUGAUCCGUCUAGGGGAUGCUUCCAACUUUUCCCACGGCCGCACGUCCGCUUCGACCCUUGAUGAUGCUUUUAGUGGUGCUGCCGAGGCCCCAUCCUCCACUGGCGCAACGAGCGACGGUGAGGAUUUUAGCGAGGAUGACGAUGAUCUCCCCGCGGGGCCCCAACAGAGGGUUGACUCAAGCCCUAUGCUUCCACCAGGCGCAACGAAGCACAUGCACAAGCAUCUGGACGAUAUCCUCCCUAGCUUUGACAGUUCCGAUGCUAGCUAUGACGACCUGGAUAAUGAAUACCGUCAUGAAGACUAUGAGGAUGGCAUGCUUAAGAAUGAGGCCGAGGAAGACUCCUUCCACGACUCGAUGCCGAAGCCAAAGAAGGUCAAGUCAUCGCGGUCCAUGAGUGCGACCUCCUCCAAGCCACGACCGCCUAAAUCAGCACCACUGCGCCAGAACAAGCCUGCUGUCAAGGUUGCCUCAAGCGUUAUUCGCAAGGUCAAGUCCACGCCUGCUGGCCCUAGCCAGAAAUCUGUCCUCCCUCCGCCGAUGCCCGGUCCCCCUCCUCAGCGAAAGACCUCCAAUGCUUCUGUCAAUGGUCAAAACCCGCUAGCAGCUGAUGAAGAGGACUUGUCAACGAAACCACGCUGCCAGCGUUGCCGCAAGAGCAAGAAGGGAUGUGACCGACAGCGUCCUUGUGGACGUUGCAAGGAUGCAGGAAUUGGGAUCGAAGGCUGCAUCAGCGAGGACGAAGGGAACGGCCGCAAAGGUCGCUACGGCCGCCAUAUGGGCGUCCCUGUCAAGAAGACGCUUGACGGCAUGCCCAUCGCUGCCGAUGCGGAACCGAUUAUCCCCGCCGUUCCCAUGACGGCUUCAGUAGUCGACAAGAACAAAAAGCGCAAGCGUUAA